UGAAAAUAAAUAAAAAUAUUGGGGGACUGCGUAUGGGUCUAUACUCGGGUAUUUUUACAAAUUUACUUUUAUACUUUCCAGUUGAUUCUCAUUAUCUAUUUGCUAAACAAAAUCAUAUUGGACUGCCACAGGGACUAUAAGUGUAACGAGUGCACAGUGCGAGUUAUUCCCUUGUCGACGGUUGACAUUUGGCAAGGUUCAUGUGAAUUUGCAAUCAGCAUUCGCCAAACAAUAAUAAAUAGUGCCAGUUUCUAAGCAAAGGCUCAAAAUGAAUCUUUCUGAUCCUUCCGAUGAAGACACCAGUAGUGAUGAGAGCACUGUGUUACCUGCUAAACGCAGAAGAACUGACACUUAUGGAGCAUCAUCUACAACGUCUCAUGGCUCAGCAUUGCAAGAAUCUGAUAAAGAAAGCCCUGACACACCCAUUGCUGACGGUUAUGGAAGUGAUUUCCAACAGCCAGGGAAAGUUUUACAAAGUUAUGGAGACCGAAGCCCAGAAGAGAAUAUUAGGUUAAGUAGAAGUAGCUUAAGUGAGAAUUGUUCGUCACCGAAUGAUCAAUAUGAUGACUAUCGCCCUGUAUUUGAUGAACCAGAAGAUGGGGAAGGUUCUGGACGCCCAGGCUUUCAGGAUUCAGGGGAUACAUUCUAUAAUAAGAAUCCUGACCAAUUAAAAAAUCUUGAGGAAGCAUACAGUGGAGAAUAUUCAGAAAAAUCUAAAAGGAUGAUGAUGAACAUGGGUUACAAGCCAGGAAAAGGUCUAGGUAAAUUUGAGCAUGGUAGAGUAGAACCCGUAGAGGCAUCAGCUCAAAAAGGUCGUAGAGGAUUGGGAGCAAAACCAUCUGCUGUUGGAGCUUUGCCCCAAGAUAUCAAGGAAAUGGCUGAAGAACCAAAACCACAAGCCAGAGAAGAAGUAUUAUGGCUUGAUCGAGCACCGGAUGAACCGCUAUCUGGAGAUAUUUUGGAACAAUGGUUACGAAGAGGCCCAAAAAAAUUAACAAUUGAUGAUGAAACAGAAUUUGUAGAUCCAGAUAUAUUAAAAGGCGUAUUAAAUUCGAAGACAAUUUUUGAUAGUUUAGAUGAUGAAGACUUACGCCAUGCACGAUCUCGUAGUAAUCCCUACGAAACAAUUGGCGCAGUAAUAUUUUUGAAUAGAGCGGCCGUGAAAAUGGCCAAUAUUGACGCUGUGUUUGACUUUAAUUUUACAAAGCCUAAGAAACAAAAUGGAGAAAAUGCAAUAGACAGGAAAGAAAUAUUAUAUUUCGCGGACGUAUGUGCAGGGCCAGGUGGAUUUUCAGAAUAUGUGCUAUAUCGUAAGGGCUGGAGGGCAAAAGGUUUCGGGUUUACUUUGAAAGGUUCUAAUGAUUUUAAACUAUCUGACUUCUAUGCUGGAUCACCUGAAACUUUCAACCCGUACUAUGGUGUGAAGAAUGAUGGGAACAUAUUUGACCCUGCAAAUCUUACAUCUCUAAAGGAACAUGUAUUGAAACAAACAGAUGAUACAGGAGUACAUUUUCUUAUGGCUGAUGGUGGUUUCUCUGUGGAAGGUCAAGAAAAUAUACAAGAAAUAUUGUCGAAACAGUUAUACCUAUGUCAAUGUCUCGCUGCUUUGAUGCUUGUUAGGACUGGAGGCCAUUUUGUCGUAAAACUUUUUGAUGUCUUCACUCUUUUUAGUGUUGGCUUAAUUUACAUCAUGUAUAGAUGUUUUGAUAAAGUAUGUAUUCACAAACCUGUGACUUCAAGACCAGCUAAUUCCGAGCGAUAUCUCAUAUGUUUUUGGAAGAGAUUGGGCACUGAGCCAGCUGAACAGCAUCUAGCCUAUGUGAACUCCCUACUAUGGAGUAAUGCGGAACGAAACGGCGAUGUCACACAACUCGUACCUUUAACUGUCCUCAAGGAAGAUAAAAAUUUCUUUGAAUAUGUGUAUAAAAGCAAUUGCCUACUUGGCGAAAGACAAAUUCAAAAUUUACUGAAAAUAGCUAGGUAUAGCAAAGACAAGAACUUAAAAGAUGGUUCUACACAAGCGGAAAUGAAAGAGCAAUGUUUAGCGUUAUGGAAAUUGCCUGAUUCAGUGAGAACACAGCCGGAUCGUAGAGGCCAUGACGACACAUUAUCUGCCAUCAGAUCACUUAUAAAGAAGCCAGCAGCAGACUCGCACAGCUUAUACUCCUUUAAAUCAAAUGUUUUAAAUAAACCACCUGACUACUUGGAGAACCCAGCCGAUCUAAAAACUUAUUUUAAAAAUGUCUACGACUGGAAUUUCAUGUUUUUGAGUAGUGGGAAGAACAGCCCCGAUUUAAGAAUAUUUAUAGGAUGCGGCGGCAAGCAAGUUUUUCAGUUGGAAUCAAAUUCAUGGAGGAAUGUUAUUGAUUUACACCUGACUUUGCCUGCUAAAACACUUUUGUAUGGAGAGGUUGUAAAAGAAUAUCGUGGACAGGGUAACAAUCAAAUUUACAGCAAGUCGCUGCACAUCAUAGACGCAUUGAUGUUAGGCGGAGUAGACAUCUCUGGCGAUACCCUGAGCGAAAGAAUAAACCAAUGCAAUUUGUUUUGUACAGCACUAAAUAAACCAUUUGAUAAUCAAGCUCUUCCUAUAAGAACAAAGAGGUUGUACAAUAUGGACCAGUUCGAGUCAGCCGUCAAUAAUCUGGAAUAUCGCGGCAUGAAACGAGUUAAGAGAGCGGUCACCAUCAAUACUCCAGAUAGGAUUAACAGAAAUGAUAUGUUCUAUGUAGUCGGAUCUGUACUAUUCUUGAAAGAAGUUAAAGAUCCUUGGAUUGCUGUAAUAUCAAAGACGAGCGGAAAAAAAUACUUUUUCAGCGUAGGCCGCGAUGGGAAGCACAACAGCGAAUACAAUAUUCCUUCAGACGCCAAGAUGGAUAUGAUAAGUGCUUACACGCGGCGAGUCAUGUGGCCCUGGGAACCAUCAGCCAGUGCUAUUUUUGACAGUCAAACAACAGAACACGUAACACGGGCUGACAUGGAAGCAUAUGUAUCCAGUGCUGUUAACAAAUAACAGUUCUAAAUCCGUAUUACAGAACAAUCAAGCUCAAGCACUAAUCUGUUCAUGCCUCUAAGCACAUUCAAUCAACAGAAACAACAAAUAUCAUGCAGUGCUCGAAUCUUGAUUCUGGUUUUGUAAUACGGAUUUCAGCCAGUACUUACGAAAUGUAAAUAAAAAGCAAAUCAAAUACAAUUCGGUGAAAUUAGGUCAAAUAUACCCUAACAAAUAAAAAUAAAUAAAUAUUUUUGUUACCUAGGUACCUAGGCCAGAAGUCAACCUACACGAGCCUGUAAAAUUUUACCAAUCGAAAUUUGACCUUCCACUAUGGUGAUAAGGUUGAAAUCUAUUGGCGAAAUUUAACAAAUCGUGGUAGGUUAAUGUCUGUACGUACUAGAGAGAAAAGAUAAAAUCCUUCGACUACUAUAUAAUUAUAGACAUGUUUCAAAUGUAAUAUAUUACGUACAUAAUUGUUAUGUAAGUACGUAGCGUAAUUAUUAAAGUUUAUUGAUUGAAUGAAA